CCCUCUUUCGUUCGGUCUCGGUUUCUUCCUUCUGUCCUUUUGUCUGUCUUUGCGUGUGCUUUGCGUUUACCGCAUCGCUUACCGCACCUUUUGCGCUGCUAGCCAGGCUUGCAUAGCGUAGACCGCUUCCUCGUCAUUCAUUUGCUUCCCAGUGCCCGGCCAUCGCAGGCGCCGAUUUUUUCUGUUGGACUUAUAUUGUGACAUCUAUUCGUCAUGCAUUCGAUUUUCUUUAUCCUUUCCCUCGCAGGCGCGGCCGCCGCGCAGAUUCAAGUCAAUGGGUGGUCCAGCGUAGCGGCGGCGACGCCGGCUGCAUCUGCCGGAAGCUCUUAUCCCGAUGUGUCGAGUGCGGCAAGCUACACCGCAGCUGCUGCCUCGUCGCAGAUCACGGCGCCUGCGUCUGCUUCUUCGUAUUCGAUGAUUCCUUAUUCGUCCUUCGUUUCGGGUGGUUACAAGAGCAUGGCCUGCGGAUACGGUUAUACAAAGGCCAGCGAUGGCUCUUGUCAGUCAGAGUCUUGGUGGUCCACCUCUGGCUGCUACGAGACUAUCAUUAUCAAUAACUAUGGCGGAAGUUCGUGCGAUUCGGGAUACACAUACACAGCGACCACAACGGAUUAUUCCACUCUCACUGAGACAGCGACAGCGACUAUGACCGUGCCCACGACGGUCACUGUGUACGCAACUGUCACAAAUGUGAAGACGGAUACCGACUCUGUGACGCAGACCGACUUCGUCACCUCCACAAAACUGGUGCCCACGACUUAUAUAUGGACCUCCACAGAGGUCGUUGACGAGACGCAGACGGUGGAGCAUACCCUGACCGCAACGGCAACGAGCACUCUGGACGAUGUCUACACGCAGACUGACUUCGAGACGGCGACAGCCACAGAAACGCAGAAAGAGACCUUGACCGACUUCGUGACCUCCACUUUGCUGAGCACAAUCGUGCAACCGACCACUUACACGAGCGUGUUUGUGAGCACCCAGGUCAUCGACAACACGCAAACGUUGGAGAUCACACAAACUGCAACCAAGACUGACAACGUCACUCUUGUGCAGACAGCUACCCAGACAGACACCUUAACUGCUACGGCAACUGUCACCUCGGUCAGCACGCUUGUAGAGCCCACGACGUACACUUCGUUUUUCGUCAGCACGUCGGUUGUCGACGAGACGCAAACUGUGGAAAAUACCAUCUUUUCAACUAUCGUGGAGAACAGGACAUACUUCCAAACGCAGACGCUCCUCUCGACGGCCACGGACACUGCGACCGCCACGAAGACGGACACUGCGACAGCAACCGAGACGGAUACCUUGACUGAGAUGGUGACCCUGACCCAACUCAGUACUCUUGUUGAGCCGACAACCAUUACCUCUAUGUUUGUCAGUACAGAGGUCAUCGACAACACGCAAACUGUGGAGAACACUGUAUUCUCGACUCUCACGGACAACAGGACCUACACGCAAACCCAGACAAUUUUGUCUACUGCGACCGCGACGAGUACUGACUUUGCGACUCAAACUGAGCUGGUAACUGUGACACAAAUCAGCACCCUUGUUGAGCCCACGACGUACACGUCCGUUUUUGUUAGCACAUCCGUCGUGGACGAGACAAGCACAGUGGAGAACACCAUCUUCUCCACCGUCACAGAAAACAGGACCUAUUUGCAGACGCAGACGUUGGUCUCUACCGCGACAGCUACGGCCACCGAGUUCUCGACAAGGACUGACACGGCUACUGCCACUGCUACUGAGACGGAAAUCGAGACGCAGCUGGUGACGGUGACGCAAGUCAGUACGCUUGUACAGCCCACGACCUACACGUCCUUCUUCGUUAGCACUUCCGUCGUGGAUGAGACCAGCACAGUCGAGCAAACCAUCUUCUCUACAGUUGUCGAGGACAUGACGUCCUUCCAGACACAGACUUUUGUUUCGACCGCGACUGCGACAGCUACCGCCACCGCCACCGAGUUCGCUACCGAGACGGAGGUUGAGACUCAGAUGGUCACGGUGACACAGUUGCGUACUGUGGUUGAGCCGACGACGUAUACAUCAACUUUCAUGAGUACCUCCGUAGUCGACGAGACAAGCACCGUGGAGCAGACGUUCUUCUCUACUAUCGUCGAAAGCAUGACCUAUGUGCAGACCCAGACCAUUCUGUCGACCGCCACAGCUACGGAAUUCGCUACCGAGACAAAGACCGCAACUGCGACCGCGACCGAGACUGUCUCCGAGACAGCGCUUGCGUCUUGCUUGAAUUCGUGUAAGAGCCAAUGGGCACUAACUACCGGAAACAGCAACAGUUACACGUACGCAUCGUGGCCGACUUCCAGCCAUGUUACGUCUAGUGCGACAACGUGGUACUCGAAGCCGAUAGCGUCGAGCUCACACGUCGACAGUUGGGGUGCAUCAAGUAGCAAAGCUUCUGCGAGCUGGGUAGCGAGGAGCAGUAAGGCCUCCGCGAGCUGGGACGCAUCGAGCAGCAAAGCAGCGGAAGCGACUAGCGUGCGCAGUGCCAGCCGGAGUGCAUCAAGCGAUCGAGCCUCGUCUGCUGACUGGUGGCAAGGCAGAAAUGCGACUGUCACUGCAUCCAGCAAGAGCCCCAGCUGGUCCGGCAGUCCCGCAUCGGAAUUGUCUUCGGGCUCGUCUGACAUGUCCUCAUGAUGUUCUGCGCCCGACCUAUAUUAAUGGACUCUUCAUCGGACUCUCAACCUUGCUCUUAACAUAUCCGAUUGCUUAGUAUGUAUUGACUACUUUCCCUCGCUGUGAAAUCGGACGGACCUCUGUAGAUAUAAGUGGCAGAAUAGCAGCCAAGGCAAAUAUUCUUCAGCGCACCUAUGAGACCUCUUCUAUCUGAUUGUGAUUCAAUGGGGUUGAUGCGCGAC